AUGUCUCGUUAUUUGUUACCUGCUUUUAACAAAUUGGUUUUCUUUUUAUUGAUAGUUUGGUCUCUAGGGACCUCUGACUUUAUAUUAUUUUAUUGGUUUGAUCAGGACAGAUUCUUAGGAUAUACUCCAGAGCAACACCCUAUAGUGCUUCAAAUUGGGGGAAGUAAUCUGGAUAAUCUGGCAAAAGCAAUACAACUUUCAAAUGCUUAUGGCUAUGAUGAGAUUAAUUUCAAUUGUGGAUGCCCUAGCCCAAAGGUAGCUGGACGUGGCUGUUUUGGUGCGCGCCUUAUGCUUGAUCCAAAGUUUGUUGCUGAGGCUAUGUCAGUGAUUGCUGCCAACACAGAUGUUCCUGUCAGUGUUAAAUGCCGAAUUGGUGUUGAUAACCGUGAUUCGUAUAAUGAGCUCUGUGAGUUCUUUAUUGACUUCUUCACUGUGUUUAAGGCAGCGAUGCAAAUUUCUUUUUACUAA